UUAAAUGUAAACACAACCUGCUUUUAAAAUGUGACCAAAAAAUAUUAAUUUAAAAUUUAAACCAUGAACAAUAAUUUAUUUAUUCUUCAUGUAUAAAUAAAUAAACAGUAAAUGAUUGACAUCGAUAAAAUAAAAAGAAAUUUUCAAUUUUAGGAAUGCUAAUCGUAGCAGGGUCGAAAAAAAAUAUGUUUAAAUUUGAUUUUUCAACAUCUAAGGACGAGCAUGAAAAAGAAUCAGGAAAACUGGAGAUAGAAUGGUUACCCGCACAAGAAAUAAAUCCAAACUUAGUACGAACUAAUUCGCUUAUUGAAUCGUUGGAAGAAAAAGACAUUAAAAGGUUUCAGAGUGGUGAAUUAGAGAUAAAAUAUAUGAGUACAGAUUAUGCCGUCAAUCGUUUAGUAUUUUAUGAUGAGGAAAAUAUUAUAUUGAAUACAGAGCAUAGUCAUUCUGAUUUACUUCCAGGAAAAUAUGAAGGUGGUUUAAAAAUUUGGGAAGGUACCCAGGAUUUAGCAAAUUAUUUAAAUAAGGAAUAUAGUUCCUUAAAAGAUAAAUCAGUUCUAGACUUAGGAUGUGGUGCAGGAAUUUUAGGAAUAUUAGCAUGCUUUAAAAAUGCUAAUGUUGUUUUCCAAGACUACAAUUCAUCAGUUAUUAAUUUAUAUACAAUAAUUAACGUUUUCUUAAAUGAUUUUAAUGAUCCAGAAAAGUUUGCUUAUAAAUUUUUUUCUGGCGAUUGGGAAUCAUUUACUACGUUACGUGAAAAUUUUAAAAAAUUCGAUAUGAUAUUAACUUCAGAAACAAUUUACAAUGUCGAUAAUUAUGAAAAAUUGCAUUCAGUGUUCGAAAAAACUUUAUCAGAAAAUGGUAUUAUAUUUUUAGCUGCCAAAUCUUAUUAUUUUGGUGUAGGCGGUGGUACAAGACAAUUUGAAGAAUUCCUCAAAAAGAAAAAUAUUUUCAUUUCAGAAGUAGUUUGGAAAUUUACUGGUGGAGUGAAUCGUGAAAUUUUAAAAAUUUUUUUAUUUGAAAUCUCGACAACACCAAACUAA